CGAGGCGACCAAUGCUUCCUGCCGACGUCGAUCCACGGCUUCAAAAGUAUUGCGUCGUGGAUGGAUGUCGCCUUCAUUUGAAAAUCCAUCGCGUUGCCAUGUCCGACGAGCUCCUGGACGUCGCCAUGAAUGCUGUGCGAAGGAAUACGAACAUCUACUCGCUUACUUUGAGCCACUUGGGGUGUGGCCCCAAGAUGGCUGUCGUCGUCGCAGACAUGCUCGAGCACGCAUCGAGCUUGACAUCGUGUGACCUGAGCGGCAACGCUAUCGGGUCGCACGGAUCCAAGUGCUUGUCCAUGUCGUUGCAUGCCAACACAACACUUCGACGCAUGUCGCUUCGUCAGUGCAGCCUCGGCACGGACGGCAUUGUCGACUGGGUGUCUUUCGUUCAGCGGGGUCGCAACACCGUCCUCGACACUCUCGACUUGUCUUGCAAUCGGAUAGACGACGAAGGGGCGGCGCUCUUGGCCUCUGCACUGCAGCAGCUCAAGUUUCAUCCUUCACCAACACGACAUUGGCACUUCAACCUUGUUGGCAACGCAAUCACGGACGCAGGGGUCGCGCAGUUGGCCGUUGCGAUGGAAAAGUGCACGAUGGUGACAACGAUGAAUGUUGCUACUUCCAAGGCGUACGAAAUUGAGCGACCAGAGCGAAUCGUGUUUAUUGAGCACUGCGCCCGCCGCAAUGUUCGUCGUAUUGGCCAUCACGUGGUCGAGGAAUCAAUUCGCGCCAUGUCGCAAUCCGAGCGCAGUGCCGAAGUCACUCGCCUGGAACAGGUUCAGCUACGUGAAGUCGAUUGCGUCAGUCUCGGCCAUGCCCUGCGUCGAACCCACGCGACCACCCACCUCAUCCUUCGGAAUAAUGCACUCACGUUGGCCGGGCUCCGCCUCCUAGCUCCAAGUUUGUCCUUAUCCAAGUCCCUCUUCAGCUUAACAAUUGUGGACAAUAACGUCGGUGGCGACGGCUUCUUUGCUCUCCUCAUGGCGCUUCGAAACAACGCGGCACCCCUGCCGCUUCGUGAGCUGCAUAUCUUCAACUCGACAGCGACACACCCCUUGUGGCCGAGGCGUCUCAAUGCUCACAUCUAUCAUACAUUUGUCCAGGGAAGUACACGGCUGACUGCAUUAACCCUGGCGAACUGCGGCCUCCACGACGCCGACGUCGCGGCUCUCGUGGCUGGGAUUGCAUGGGGCUGCACAGUUGAGCGCCUGAACCUCGCUCGCAACCACAUGACAGACCACGUACUACCAGUGUUCCAAGUGCUAUUACAACGGUGCAUGGCAUUACAAAGUCUCGAUGUGGGCGGGAAUCAAUGCACGUUAAGUGGGGCGGUCGAUCUAGUUCAAGCAACGGUGGUCCAUCCGCGACUCGAUACGCUUCGAUUGGGUCGGUUUCCGUGCUUGGACGACUCAAUUUUUCGCAUUCAAGGUCUCGUACAAAUGACCGACCGUCUACGGGUCCUGGAAAUGAGUGGACGACACGAGCAUUCCAAGUACGCAUUGAUCAUGACGGCAAUUCGCGCCCGCCUGGCGUCGAACAACCGUCAGUCCCUUAAGCAUCCCACGCCCCCCAUUGUGUUUCUUUCAGUCACAGGUGGUCGAGAUGCCACAACUACUACCAACAUCCAUGAGCACCACCACGUUCGGUGGUGCCGCUUGCAAUACGUCGGACGUCAAGUCGCACGGGAUACGAUUACAUGGCAGCUGAGGCCCGCUACGAUCUUGUCCAUGGCGGAACGACUGUGCAUGCAGCGCCACGACGCCAACGCGACGCUGGUCUUGGAAGGCAUUGCCAUGACUGCCCACGACUGGAACGUGUCGUUCGUGUGGGACCAAGCGGUUGAGGCACUGGCCAUGCACCUCUGCGACAUCAACGUCCUCCUCGUGUACGAAUGGCUGUGGAUGACUCGAGAGGACGUUCGGUUUUGAAUAAAAUGUAUCGAUCCACGAGCCAUGACGGGAAGUGUCAUGAAUUGCAA